CAGCACGCCUACGUCCCGCCGCUGUUGCUGCCACCAUCAUGCCCAAGAGAAAGGCUGAAGGGGAUGCUAAAGGAGAUAAAGCCAAGGUGAAGGACGAACCACAGAGAAGAUCCGCGAGGUUGUCUGCUAAACCUGCUCCUCCAAAGCCAGAGCCCAAGCCUAAAAAGGCCCCUGCAAAGAAGGGAGAGAAGGUACCCAAAGGGAAAAUGGGAAAAGCUGAUGCUGGCAAGGAGGGAAAUAACCCUGCAGAAAAUGGAGAUGCCAAAACAGACCAGGCACAGAAAGCUGAAGAUGCUGGAGAUGCCAAGUGAAGUGUAUGCAUUUUGGAUAACAGUGUACUUCUGGUGACUGUACAGUUUGAAAUACUAUUUUUUAUCAAGUUUUAUAAAAAUGCAGAAUUUUGUUUUACUUUUUUUAAGCUGUGUUGUUAGCACACAGAAUACUCCAUUGUUGUUUUUGGGGGAAGGGGCAUAUGUCACUAAUAGAAUGUCUCUGAAGUUGGAUUAAUGUGAGGAAAACACCUUUCCCUUCUAGUUUUGAGAGACUUCCUCUUCGCUCCCAGGAGGAGGGAUUCCCUGACUUUGACACACAUGGCCACCUUGGCACAAAAGCCUUGUGGUAUGGAAAAACAAAUCCAUUUUUAUGUCCUCUUCUCCCUUUCCAUCCUUCAGCAUAGACUUAACUCCCUUAAGCCCAGACAUCUGUUGGGCUGAUCCCCAGUCAUUGGUUACCAGUGUGUCAGACAAUCUGGACUUUCCAGUGAUGCCACUGAGAUGGCACCUGUCAAAAUAGCAGUGGUUCCAUUUCUAGAUUAUAGAUCUUCAGAUAAAUUCUGCCAUUUUCAUUUCACUUCCUGAAAGUCAGGGUCGGCUUGUGAAAAGUUGUUAAACAACAUACUAAAUGUGAAAUGUCAACCCUCACUCUAAACUUUCCCUGUUCAGAGCAUCAGAUGAAGACUUCAUUAGAUUUUAUAGUAGCUUUCUGAUUUUGGUAGUCCAUUGAAGCAGGGAGUUUGAAAGUUGUUGUAUACUGUUAACGACUGUCUGCCCAUAUCCUGCCUGAAAUGCCAUGAUUGUUUACAGAAAGUAUCUUUAAUCAAGCUGGAUACAGUUUGGCUUGGAAAAAAAAAUUAAAA